AUGUGGAAGCAAUUGCUUAGGGUCAGAGACAAAGCUGUGAUUAAAUGUGGUGGCAUUGAAAGUUUAAUGCUCUGUAUCAGUUCAUGCUACGAAAAUUCCAUAGUUCACCUUUCAAAGUUGUAUUCAACUAUGUCUCCAGUCACAAACAAAGUGCCUUGGUUCUAUGUAGUUUGGGAAAACUUUAGCUAUCCUAAACAUUGCUUUAUCCUCUGGUUAGCAGUUCAAAACAGACUUCUUAUAAAGGAAAGGCUUCUCAAGAGAGGACUUAUUCAAGCUGGUCAAUGUUGUUUAUGUGAAGAUGCAAGCUUGGAGACGCGUGAUCACCUGUUUUUUGAAUGCAGAUUUUCAGUUGCUGUCUGGAAUGGUGUCAUGAGCUGGCUUCGAUUCAAUUGGAAAACCUGUAACUGGGGAUUGUUGAUUUUUUGGUACAGUUCCAGAUUGAGGGGGAAGGGAUUUAGACACAAAAUUAAAAGAAUGGCUCUUUCUACAACUGUUUACAUUUUGUGGAAGAAACGCAAUGCCAGAGUCUUCAAGCAAAAAAGAAGAAGUGUUGAUCAGAGUGUUACAGAGAUAAAGAUAGAUAUCUUGUCUAUCACUCUUAACAGUUCUCUUCCAGCUGAUGAAAAAGAUUGGCUUCUCUCUUUAUGA